AUUGUAGAAUUUUAAGGUGACAUAAAAUAUUUGACCAAGCGCACUUAUUUAUAAUUUUGGUAUUAGUAUGAUAAUUAGAGAGGUAUGUGUUAGAAACUAACUUUAAUGUAGUGGAUUUAUUGGUUUCUUUCAACAAUUAACAGUUGAUAUAGUCAACUGUUGAACAUUCCAGACCACUGUUUGUUUGUCUUGGGUAUAAACAACCAUAUAACCUGGAAAAUCAAGAUUUAUAGCUUCUGAGUUGUUCUGGAGUCCAUUGAUAUUUGAUAGUUGUUAAAUGUAGUACUAGCAAGAACAGAAACAAGACAAUGAGAGGGUAAUUGCAUUCCCGAAGUCUUAUCUUUAUUUCUGUUUAACCACCUCAAACUGGGGACUGCAGAAAUAGCCCUUGCUGCAGCCGCAAGGCGCAGAUAAUUGGCUAUUAUUUUUGAUCUGCACAAAUGCCCUUAUGAUAAGGUAAACUGAUUUUUAAACAAUACUGGAAUAUUUACUGAUAACAUGGCAUUUAGAUUAUGUAAGGUUUUAUAGUAUUUAUGACUGCUUUUAUAGAUAAUAUGAAGGAAAAUGAUUCAAAAUGAGACCGUUUUAUGGUUACUGACUUCUGAUUCAUUCAUUCAUUCUUGGUUGAUUGAUAAAAUGUGGACAGCAAAUACUAGGAAUGGUUAUGUUUAAGUGUAUGGCAUCAUAAUAUGGCAAGCAGCUGGAUUGAUUGAGGAAGUAGGAAAUAAACAUUUUAAUUAAGAAAACCUGUUGCAUGAGCUUCCUUUUCUAGCAGUUCUAUGGUAGUAUACAACACUGACAUUGUAAAUGGGCACCACAAUGUUUGGCUGUUCAAUUUCCUUAGGGAAUGCUAUUAUAAAUUUUUGGAAAACAGAAUUGUUUUUACUUGGCUCAGCAACAGUUCACUUAGUAAAACCUACUUUUCAAAUGAAUUACUCCACUAUGUUCCACUCAAAGAAAAGGAAUUGUAUUCUUCAGUUCACAAAUGUGUGGUGAAGGUGAUUACCUGUGCACCAGAUGCCUGAACAAGUAAAUGUUUGCCGGGGACAAUAAAUUACUUCCACCAUGGGACACAUCAGUCUCUGUGAAAAAUCCCUGCUUUCAAUUGCAAGACCAAUGAGCCUGUAUUGAUGGCUUAAUUACUGGAUAAAGACACAGGUAACUGGUGAACUGGCCAGUGGCAAUUUAACACUUCUUUAACUAGGUGGAAUCUCUCUUGGAAAUAUUGAAUGACAGAAGCUGAGAGAAGAUAAAUCGCAGUGAUGCCGUGGUGGAAGUGAUAGUACCAGUUAAAAAGACACAAGGAAUCAUGAACAGAACAAUUUGGAAACACGCAUUAUUAAAACUGUUGAUAUUGACAUUGAUUUUUGCUGUAGUCUGUGCAAAGAGACACAACAGGAAAAACAAAGAUAUUAUUAGCUUUAAGGGCAGGCAUACGCGUGUUAUAAGGUUUAAUGAGAUGUCCUCAGGCAAGCUGAGGUGUAGAGUGAAUGGAAAUCCACAGCCAAUGCUCCUCUGGUACAAGAAUGGAAUAUUAGUGGAUCAUAAAAACUGGCCAAGAUAUGAUGUCAGCCGUUACAGCCUUUCUAUUGCCAAUGUUACCCGUGAAGAUGUUGGGGAGUAUGGUUGUCUGGCAUAUAACCACCAAGGCAAGGCAUGGAGGAAUUUUACAGUCAAAGUAGAAGAUCCCUACACUGGCCAAGUGUUCGAGCCAGAUAUAAAAACAAAUGAAGAUGAAAAACCCACGGGACCCAGUGCACCAUAUUGGUCAGUGCGCAAAGGAGACCGAAAGUUGAUCAUUAAACCAGCAGGAAAUAUGGUCCAGUUUAAGUGUCCAGCACUGGGCAAUCCAGAGCCGACCACAACCUGGCUCAGGAACAACCAAAAGUUUGACCAUAAUUCAAGGCAGAUUGGAGGGGUGACCAUCCGCAAGUUCCAGCUGAUGUUGAAUGAUUUGACGACAGAUGACAUUGGAAAUUACACAUGCAUUGUAUCCAACUCUUUGGGUUCUAUCAACCACACAUUUACCCUUGAUAUUGUGGAACGUCUUCCCCACAAGCCCAUCUUCCAAGAAGGUUACCCUAAGAAUAUGACAGCAGUGGUAGGUGAAGAUACCCUGCUGGAGUGCCGCAUCAUAAGUGACCUGCAGCCGCAACUGCAAUGGCUUAAACAUUACCAAGUCAAUAAUUCCUACUAUGACAGUGAAGGAAUUCCUUAUGCAGAAUUGGUUCAGAGUGGAAAUUUGAACAUCACAGACCCUGGCAAGCUGUUGAUCCAGAAUGUGUCCUAUGAUGAUGCAGGCUGGUAUACUUGUCUGGCAGGCAAUACGUUUGGUUGGUCCUACAGAGGGGUGUGGCUGACUGUAAUACCAGCAGCUCUACCUAGAGAUCUGAAUAUGACUAACUUCGAUGUGUCUGAAUUUCUGAGAGAUGGACAAGACCCCACCCUCCCUUUGAUUGUAGCUGGAGUGGUCUUUUUAUUGCUGUGCGCAAUAUUUAUUAUUGGGCUUAUCGUUCACCUAAAAAAGAAAAAGCAAAGAGAACAGUAUCCUCCUCAGCCUAUCAAGAAAAGGGUUGUUUUGAUGAGACAGAAUGACUUGUAUCGAACAUAUCCCAAAGAUCCCAGCAUGCGCAACUCUUUACUGAUGCCACUGGUGCCUCCACAAGUACGCAUAGAAGGAGGAAGAAACCGCUUGUCUUCCGAGUUGACAGCAUUGUCUGAGUAUGAGAUCCCACUUGAUCCAGAAUGGGAAAUUAGCAGAGACAGGGUUAGUCUAGGUAAACCUCUUGGCGAGGGAGCAUUUGGUCAGGUGAUCAAAGGCGAGGUUACUGGUGUGAACAACAAAGUCAGUUCCACUCCUGUAGCAGUCAAGAUGCUAAAAGAGGACGCCACUGACCGGGAGUUGGCCGAUUUGAUUCAGGAGAUGGAAGUGAUGAAGAUUAUUGGCCGCCACAUCAAUAUCAUCAACCUUGUUGGCUGCUGUUCACAGGAUGGUCCUCUGCAUGUCAUUGUUGAAUAUGCACCCAAUGGUAAUCUACGGGAUUUCUUAAGAAGCAGACGGCCUCCAAACUCUGGGUAUGAAAAGCCUCUAAUUAUCAACGAUCCCUCCAAAGAAGACACUAAACCACUGACACACAAACAUUUGGUGUCUUUUGCCUAUCAAAUCUCCAGAGGAAUGGAGUAUCUGGCUUCAAGACAGUGCAUACACAGAGACUUGGCAGCAAGAAAUGUCCUAGUGGCUGAUGACUUCGUCCUAAAGAUUGCAGACUUUGGCCUAACGCGGAAUAUUCAGAACAUUGAUUAUUACAAGAAGACAACAGAUGGUCGCCUGCCUGUCAAAUGGAUGGCACCUGAAGCUUUGUUUGACAGAAAAUACACUACAAAGAGUGAUGUCUGGUCAUUUGGGGUGCUACUGUGGGAAGUGUUCACUCUUGGUGGAAACCCCUAUCCAUCUGUGCCAGUGGAGAAGCUAUUUGACCUUCUGAGGGAAGGCCAUCGGAUGGAGAGACCUCCUUACAGUUCACUAGAGAUGUACCAAACUAUGCUGGAUUGCUGGCAGCAGCACCCUCACCAAAGACCGUCCUUUAAGGAGUUGGUGGAAGACUUGGACAGAAUACUUUCCUUGUCACUCAAUGAGGAAUACCUCGACUUGGAGCCAUUAGAAAGUCCGACAAGUACAAUAACCACCACGAACUCUGAUUCAAACUAUUCAAGCAUGUCAUCUCCAGAUUCCUAAUAGGAAUCAAACAUGCCAUACAUAUAGCUGAACAACCAGUCAUGCUAUGUGGGUACUUAAACCGGGCUUGUGGGCUCUCAUACUGCCAAAGAUUAUUAUUAAACUGGUGCAAAAAGAAAGUACAUAAGAGGCAUUGAAAAAAAUGCAGGGGAAUUUUGAUUGAACAGAAGUUAUUACAUACACACACCUGCACAGUACAUCCUCAUGCCCAGCUUACCAGCAUUAUCUAUGCAAUAUAGUGGACCAGUCUUCCCAGUUUCCAAUGUAUCAUGAUAUGGACCACAGGGACAAGAACCCAGGGCAAUGCUCUCAGGUCUUGCCCAGUAGAUGGAGGACCAGUGAACAGGCAACUCUGCAAUAACAUGCUGCUACUUGGAUAGCAGGUGGUUGGACAUUUUUGAAGAGUUUACUUUUAUAGUGUCAUUCAAGGAAUGAAUGAUUUGUUCAGCAAAAGAGAAAAGGUGGUUUAAUUUAACCAUCAUUUAUGAAAGGGUUUACCUUCAGUUUCAUUCAAUGAAGGAAUGAAUGAAUGAUUUAUUUACCAAAAGAAAAUGGUUAAGUUUAACCACAUGUUCACAUCUUUAUGUAUUUAAAGUAAUUGGCUUCCAAGUGCAGAUGUUGCACGUGGUUGAUGGAGGGAAUACUUCACAUAAGUAAUCCCUUAUCAGAAAAACGGUACAUUUUAAGCAGUUUCCCUGGAGGUGACAACCAAAGAAACAAAAGCCAAAAAAUGAAUUUCUUUAUCAUUAAGAAUAAACCAGUAUGCAACAUGAAGAACAUUUGAAUACAAACUAUCCCUGCCAAUUAACACAGUUGAGGUCUUGUCUUCCAGCAGCGAACCAGUUGAACAAAAUGUAUUGUACAGAUAUUUUAUAGAAGCAGUGGUUUUUGUAAACUGUCAUUAUAAUUUUAUGACUUUUAAUUUUAUUGAAAAAUGCCUUAGAAUAAGAGAGAUUUUAUAUUUUUAUCAAAUGGCAUAGCUGGUACUUAAUGGACCUCAUAGAACCAAUUAACUAUGCACUGUUAGCUAGGUUUUAAGUCAUAGAAACUUGCACAGGUGUAAGUAACUGUAUGCUGAACAUAUUGUGCUUGGUGCCAAGAUUAGUCCCUGUAAUUGUAUUGUAUUAUACAUCUGUUAGACACAGGCCAAAUUGUGGCUACACACCAAGUCUGGUGCUUUUAUUUGAGAUGUACAUUUUGUUUAAGUUAGGACAAUAACUUAUUGGUCUUUUAUUAAGGUUGUUGAAAAAACUGUUGUGUGUAAUAAGUAAGCAACAGUGUAGUUGAUUUCAACUGUCUCCAAAUUUUGUUUUAAGGUUUUGUUAGUUAUGUUGAAGCUGCUUUUGCCAGAAGCUUCAACUUCACAUUUUCAAUUUAUAGCAAAGUUGUUGUAGACACCAUUUUAACUUACUAUUUAAAGACUGCCAGAAAUACACCAAGCUUGCCAGAGCAACAUAUCAUGUUGUCGUAUUAUAAAUAUUUUGUACAUUUUAGUUUUAGUUGCCGUCCUUAAACUUCCAUUCUGAGACUGUAUGUACUGGCAUUAAAAUUUUAUUUGUGAUAUGUGAACUGUUUCUUUUAAGUUAGAUGAAAUUAGUUAAUAAGUAAGCUGAAUUUUGCUGACUUAUAAAAGUACAUAUCUCUGUAUCAAUAAAUAUUAUUUCCCUACAGGGCAAUAUGGUUCUAUGUAUUUACUAUACAGUUUUGAGAGAGGAGCGAGAGCGUUGUAAGUAAUGUAAAUGAUGUGAAUAGUAAAGGAACAAUAAAACCUUUUAACCUUGA